UUCUCACCCAUCCUGGCUCAGCUCAUGGUCCCCAUCACUCGCCGAGACUCCUGGUGCUUGCUUGUCAUGCCUGCUGGUUGACUUGCUUGCGCAGCAUGUCGUGGGUGGUCAAACAGGCUGAUUGAUUGCUGCCAGACGUUGUCGCAACGCUCCCAUCUCCUCACCGUAGCUGCAUCCACUUGUCGUUGUGGGUGCCUCGGUGACCUGGUACAUCCUGUUGGUUUAGCUCUUGACACUGUACACCUGAAGCUUUGGUGGCGGCUGAAGGACCCCGUGGGGCUUACAACGAAGGGGUGGACAAUUUGACUCUGUGGAGAGGGAGUGAAGAUUGUGGCAAGGGAUCGUGCCAGAAAGACCAGGGAAUUGUUUUUAAUAUAGCCCUGUCUCUGGGAUGAGUCUAUGAAGCAGUGCAGGCAAUGCGAUCAGGACGUGCCGAUUUUUCGCUUUAUGAGAGUCAGAGCUCACCACUACACUGUGACCGCGUUUGUGUUUGCAGCAAAUUUGUGUCGUUUCUCGACGGGUCAAUUGCGCCUCUUGCAGUGAUUCCCAGCUUUUUGACUAGUAGUGGCCAGGAAGCGUGGCCUCCAUAAGGGUGACUACUCUCCAGCUGUUGUAUCAACGUCGUCGAAAUCUGCAUACACCACAUGUGCGAGGUCCGAAUUUCGAUUCGGAUGUCACACCUCCAACAUGCAAGGCCAGCGUGAUUAAGUUCUUUGCGGUCGGCAGCGUGGAGGCUGCAGUGGAAGGUAUCUUGUGGUGGAUGGAACGGUCCAACGAGAACUGUAAUGCACGUCACAGUUCGGAGGUUAAGCAACCCAGUUACGAAGACAUCGAUCAAACUAGCAGGGAAGAGACUGGGGAGCAACAGGCGAAGGAAUGGAUCACAAGACAUCAGGAAAAGACAUCAUGUACUGUGCUGGGCAAUCCAAGAAAUGUCCUCGGGGUCAUUGGCGCCCUGAAGAAGACGAGAAUCUGAGGAAGCUUGUUUCCAGAUUUGGGCCCCAAAACUGGAACCUAAUCGCCCAGAAACUCCAUGGUCGAUCAGGGAAGAGCUGUAGAUUAAGGUGGUUCAAUCAGCUAGACCCACGCAUCAACCGUCGCCCCUUCACCGACGACGAGGAGGAGCGCCUUCUCGCCGCGCAUCGCUUCCACGGCAACAAAUGGGCCAUGAUUGCGCGUCUCUUCCCGGGCCGCACAGACAACGCAGUCAAGAACCACUGGCAUGUGGUCAUGGCACGCAAGUUUCGGGAGCACUUGCGUUACUCCGAUUUUGAAAGGACUCAAGCGCCGCGACGAGGAAUUCGACCCAGGCCGUCUCCAUGCUAUCAUGUGAGCUCCCCGAAGGCGUGGAUCGUGAAGAACGCUCGAGGAAUCUCCAACGGUGAACUCCAGGACGCUUCUCCAGCCCUGCAAUACCUGCACAGGCCCUUAACUCCCAGCCGCAACACCACAAAUUUUCCAGUUUCUAUUACUUCCUCAGUCCAAUCCGUCUUCACAUUUCCAGAAACUUCCGGAUCAGUCCAUGACUUAUCCACUAACUCUCACAGUCCCCGAGACUUGGCACAGGCCUCGAUGUACGACCUCACAGACACUCACCUCAGCACUGGGUUCAAAGACAAAUCAGUGGAUCGUGCCCCCGCACAGAUCACAAAGUCCUUCUCGGCUCGCGAGGAGCAGGCUGAAGGGCGUCGCACGCGCGUCACCGCGGACCCAUGCGGUCAUACAGUGGUAAAUCCAUCCACCAGCAUCCAUCACCACCGAAGACAAGAAUGUAAAUCAUGCUACCGCCUCAGGACGCGUUCUUCAAGCCGAAAGGGUGCCCCCACUGCCUCAUUCAUCGAUUUCCUGGGCGUUGGGGCGAUCUGAGAGACUCUUGAACUCUCGUCAUGAGCAACGCCAGGACUUCGACACAAGAUCGAUGGUUUUCCCUGUUGCAUAUAGAAUCAACAAAUCCCAAUUUCUUACAGUCCAUUCCGCAACCCAGUUUUUUUUUAACUGUGUUGUUGUCUGUCCAUCGCCGCCUGUGGAGACGAUGCAGAGCUUCGGCGAUGGUGUGUCUGGAUACGGCGCUGCAGCAGCGUCCAUCUCCACAAGAUUUGAGUUGGUGACUGUAGUUUUGUAAUAUUUAAUGGACACAAAGCUCUCCAAAGCAGAGUUCAAUUGCCAAUCCAGAAACUUAUUUUUAUGAUCAAAAAACACUUUCUUUGGAUAGUAGUUUCUGGGUAAUAGUUUCAACUGUUCAUGAAUGAAUGCAUGCAGCAAAAGAAUUAGGACUGGUAGAGUGCAUUACUAGACACAUGCUGUUAAAUUUGAGGGUGAGGAACGAAUAAACGCUGAUUCAGAGAGAGCUUUUACCACCAUAAAAUGGCAAAGUGGUACUAGAAAUGCAUGAAAAUUUGUACCGAAGAUGUUGGUGGUUUGAAUCUCAGCUAUAAAAUCCCACCUUGCUUAA